AUGGCGACGAGGAUGGCGGCUCGACACGGGAAACUCUGCGAGUUCCAAGCGGGCGUAGAUAAUGUCGAAGACUACAAAGAACGAUUCUUGCUCUAUUGCACGGCAAAUGGAAUCACAGACGACGACAAGAAGAUAGCUGUUCUUCUGACGUCGAUGGGCACAACGACGUACACAUUACUAAAGAAUUUGGUACGACCGGCGGCUCCUCAAGACAAAUCGUUAAAUGCGCUCUUCAAGCUAUUGCAGGACCACUAUGAACCGAGAAUUAUCGUCGUCGCAGAGCGUUUUCGCUUUUAUAAGCGAAUGCAGCGGGAAGGCGAGAAUAUUGCUGUUUACGUUUCGGAGCUGCGACGCCUCGCCAAACAUUGUGAUUUCGGUGAGCAGCUCAAUACUGCAUUACGCGAUCAAUUAGUCUGUGGGUUGCUACACGAGAAUAUGCAGCAGAAGAUUUUAGCUGAGGCAGAGCUAACGCUGGAAAAGGCUCUGCGGAUUGCACAAUCUGCAGAGACAGCCAGAGCAGAGACACGACACCUCCGUGGGAGUCGACACGACACGCAGCUAGUGGACAUUCCAGGACAUUGGAGACGGCAUUUGCUGUCAAGAGAGCGACCACAAGCAGCCGCAGCCAAUCGGGAUCGUUGCGUGCUUUGGAUAAGGCAUGUUAUCGUUGCAAUGAUCAUGACGAAGAGCCAUAUCGCUAAAGCAUGUCUGAAGAAGCAACGAGAUAACAUGAAAGAUAGCACGGAGGGCAAUUGGCAUACAAAAAGGAAACCGAAGACUCAGUCUACAUAUCAAGUAGAUGCAGAAGAUGUAAGCCUCGUUUCUUCUUUGUCUGGUAGAGGUGGGGUCAAGGUGACAAUAGAGGUGGCAGGCAGGAAUGUGGAGAUGGAAGUGGACACUGGAGCUUCAGUGAGUGUCGUACCAACCCAGAUAUAUAGUGAAGUUCUAUCCCACGUACAGCUGAAGAAGAGCACUGCCCAACUUCAGUCAUAUAGUGGUGAACGAUUGAAGGUGAAAGGAGAAGCUGUUGUACCAAUCAAGUAUGGAAUGCAACAAUCCAUGAAGCGGUUGAUUGUAGUAGAUGUGAGUGAUAAGCCAGAAGUCUUGGGACGAGAUUGGCUGUCAAACCUCAAGCUUGAUUGGGCUUCUCUGUUCAAAGUUGAUAGUGGAGUUUUUGAUGUACCUGAGAAGUAUCCUCAGUUGUUUGCAGAGGGAGUAGGUACUUUGCAAGGCUAUCAAGCCAAGAUAACUUUGUCUGCAGAUGCCAAGCCACAGUUCCAUAGGCCACGCCCAGUGCCUUAUGCCUUGCAACAGAAGGUAGAGGAGGAGCUUAAUCGACUUCAGGAAGAGGGCAUUAUACAGCCAGUGGAAAACAGUGAGUGGGCAGCACCUAUCGUCAUUGUGAGAAAGGCUGAUAAUUCUAUCAGAAUUUGUGGCGAUUACAAGGUAACAAUUAACCCCUACCUGGAGAUGGACAAUUAUCCAAUGCCGAAUGCACAGGACUUGUUUGCAUCGUUAGCAGGAGGACGGUUCUUUACACGUCUGGAUAUGAAACAAGCUUACCUGCAGAUGCGAGUGGAUACAAGCAGCCAAAGGUAUUUGACUAUCAACACUGCCAAGGGCCUGUUUGCGUACACACGUAUGUCCUUUGGCAUCUCGACUGCACCCGGAAUUUGGCAGCGAGCAAUGGACAACGUUCUUACGGGAAUGCCAGGAGUGUCCUGUUAUUUAGACGACAUUCUGAUUGUGGGCCAAUCCGAAGAACAACACGACGAACGUCUUCAUCAAGUCUUGAAAAGACUGAGUCAAGCGGGACUUCGUCUGAAAAGAGAAAAGUGUGAGUUCAAGAAAACUAGAAUUGAGUACUUGGUUAUGUUGUGGAUGAGCAUGGACUUAGACCGGCUGAGAAAAAGCUGGCAGCAAUACGACAAGCUCCAGAGCCAAAUAUUGGGUCCGAAAGAGGGAGUACCUACUCUAGCAGCGGCUCGACUACAGCGUUGGUCACUAAUUCUAAGUGUUUAUCAAUACAACCUAGAAUACACAUCAGGAGUGAGCAACAAAGAAGCUGAUCUACUUUCGAGACUACCCAUUCCAGUCAACGCAGUGGAUCCCAAUGAGCAAAUCUAUGCUAUUGAUCAUUGUGAACAGUUACCUGUUACAGCGCAAGAUAUUGCUAAGGAACUACAGCGAGACUCCAUACUACGACAAGUUUACGAGUACACUUUGCGUGGAUGGAAGCCUAAUGUAAGUACACAGUUACUGCCGUAUGCACGACGAACGGAUGAGCUUACAAUUGAAGACGGGUGUCUACUGUGGAGGAAUCGUGUAAUUAUUCCACCCAAGCUUCGAGGCACAGUGUUACAAGAGAUUCACGAAGUGUUGUGUUAUGAAAGAAUUGAAGUGUUGAGACUUUGUACAAGUGUUGGAAAGAAACAUUGUUGA